AUGGGCCAGACAAGCCCCUUCCCAAACUGCCGAUGCCCGCCGCGUCUGCCAGUGGACGGUGGAGGGGAAGGCACUCAAUGCGUGUCUCAGCUCUUGCGGUGUUCCACAACUGCCUCUAGCUCAUCUGGAGCACCGGAAGCUCAGCGACGGACUCCCACAGUCUUUGCCACCGAUGCAGGGAUGGAGGACGACUCUCUUCCAACCAUGCAGGUCUUCGUUGAGCAGAUGAAUAGUGGCGUUCGCCUCAUCCUGAGCUUGGAUGGAAUUGGCCUCGAUGUGGACGCCAAGCUGGACCAGCCCUGGGAGACUUUGACGCUGGUCUUCAACGGCGUAGAGAAGACCAUACGCCUUGGGGGCGUGCAGCAUGUCUCCGUGUACAAGAACUCUGGCCCCUACCGGAGGCUUGAGCAGCUGGAGGCAUCAAGCGACCCCUUCUGGGCAGUCCGUCUGGAACUGGAAGAUGACCGGUUCUGCGAGUUCAUCUUCCUCUCUCAAAGCGAUGCGAAGUAUUUCGGUCGCUGCCUGAACGUCCUCGUGGAAGCUGCACGCUUGGCCCGCCUGAAGGCUCGCGGAGAUCGGGCAGAUGUCGCCGCGGAGGAAGCCGAUGCUGCAGCGGGGGCGCUGACGACGCGCUCCGUCGCCCCGGGGCCUGGCCCGCACCCGGCGGCUGAACUGGCUCAGGAUCCGGAGGCCUUCGUGGCGGCCCUGACACGCGCUCUUGAGGAUGGCACUGGCUCGGUAACCGAGUCUCUGGAUGCAGAACUGCCUUCGGACAUUUCGCCAUAA